AUGUCGGGCGUCUGGGGCUGGUUCGGUGGUGGCGCAUCCGCACAGAAGCGCAAGGACACACCGAAGAACGCUAUUCUCGGAUUGCGAUCGCAGCUUGAUAUGCUACAGAAGCGAGAAGAGCAUUUGCAGAAGCAGAUGGACCAGCAGGAUGCCAUUGCUCGAAAGAACGUUACAACAAACAAGUCCGCGGCGCUGGCGGCACUACGGCGCAAGAAGGCGCUGGAGCACAGCCUGGAGCAGACACAGGCCCAGAUAGGCACGCUCGAGCAGCAAGUCAACGCCAUCGAGUCGGCGAAUAUCAACCGGGAGACACUGGCGGCGAUGGAGCGGGCGGCCGCAGCCAUGAAGACGAUCCACGGCAACCUGACGCCGGAGAAGGUCGACGCGACGAUGGAGGAGGUCCACCUGCAGAACCAACUCAGCGAGGAGAUUGUCACUGCCAUUACGACUAGUACGAUUGGAGACCUUGUGGAUGAUGCCGACCUGGAAGACGAGCUGGACAAGCUGCAGCAGGAACAGCUGGACAACAAGAUGCUUGAGACCGGAACAGUGCCAGUGUCGGACGCCAUCCACAGGCUGCCGGCAGCAGCAAACGGAGAGAUCAAGAAGGCUGUGGAGGAGGACGACGAAGAAGCGGAGCUUCGGAAGCUGCAGGCCGAGAUGGCUAUGUGA